AUGCUGACUACGACCCUGCUGCCCUUUGGGCUGCCCGCUCCGGCCCUGCGGCCUUACCCCGGCCCCUCGCCCCCCGGACACUCCCCCAAGGCUCCGGCGGGGAAAUCCUUCACCAUCGACGCUCUCCUGGGCCGGUCAGAGCCCUCGCCGCCGCCGCCGCCGCCUCCUCCUGGCGCCGGGCGCUGGGACCCCGGCUGGCCAGACAGCGCCUGGCCGGGCGGUGCGCUCCAGCUGUGCGCCCAGGCGCAUCCCCUCCUGCAGCCUCGGCCGCUCUACCCCGUCUGCUACCCGGCCCUGGCGGGCUGGCGGGCCCCUCUCAGAGCCCCAGGGUAUCUGCUCUCCAAAUGCUGCUUCCCAGGCUUCAGAGCCAAGUCGGGCAAAUCCAAGCGGGUCAGGACCAUCUUCACCAGCGACCAGCUGGCCCGGCUGGAGAAGGAGUUCGCCCGGCAGCAGUACAUGGUGGGCACCGAGCGGUGUCUGCUAGCCUCCGCUCUGCACCUCACCGAAGAGCAGGUAAAAGUCUGGUUCCAGAACAGACGGAUCAAGUGGAGGAAGCAGAGCCUGGAACAGCAACAAGCCAAACUGGUGAAGAUGGGUCUGGCCACUCCCCAACGGAGCCGGGAUUCGCAGACCCACCAGGGAGAGGAAGGGGACAGGGACUUUACCAAGGAAUCUACCGAUGAUCAGGAAGGUUUGUCCUCCCCUCACUUGGAGUAA